AAAACUAGAUUCUAAUUUUUUCGAAUCGUGAUAGAUUAAAAAUUUUCUUCUAUUGCAUUACCAGCAUAAUUACCUAUCUUCUUAUUACCACGGCCCGGUGUCCCCGAGCAAAAUGUUUAAAAGCGGAGGUGACAUUAGACGAGAAUAAGAAUAGGAAUAGGAAUAGGAACGAUAAGAAUGGAUGGAAACGGCGACGCAGUGGACGACCAACACCCAAAUCCCUCUCUAUUUCCUCUCUUUCCUGCUGCCGCUUCUACAGUUACUAGUACUAGCGGCAUCUCUCAAUGGCUUUCCAAUCCUAGCUUCACCACCGACCUUUCCCUCAUCAACGACGCCGUUUCCUCUCUUCCCCGCUCCCUCGACGACGUACAAGAAGAAGAAGAUGCCCAAGAGGAAGAAGGAAACGAAGCCAAGCAACAGCAGCAGGAGAAGCUCCCCCAUUCUUACGAGCUACUUGAGGAGGAGGAAGAAGAACAAGAAGAAGAAGAAGAUUCUGAUGGAGACAAGUACGGCAAGAGAAAAAGGAAGAAAAGAAGUAAGAGGAGAAACAAGAAGAAAAAGAUUUCGAAAGAAAUCGGUGAUUCCAAAUCCAAAUCCAUUCAUUCCAAUGAUUAUUAUUUUGAUUCUCAUCCAGAUCAUGAUAACUUGGCCUACGGCUCUCUCUACAGGAUGGAUGUUCCACGCUAUAAACUUAAAAAUCCUGAACAAUUAUCUGGAUAUAUGUCCCAAGGUUUUUAUGGUCGGACUCACAGGUUUUCAACAUAUGAUAAGGAUGCUGAUUUUGAUGCUUUGGAUACCAAGCUAAAGUCUUCUGGUCGAUACUGGUCUCCCAACAAUGCUGCACUCGAACAUCAUAAGAACUUAAAGCGACUUCGUCGUUACCCCCGAAAAAAUUCUUCACACGCAGUUCCUGCUGAUUUCAUUCCUUUAUCUGAUAUUGAAUCAUCACCUCAUCGUGGUGAUGAAAGUUCAAUCUCAAACAAUUCUGUCAUUGAAGAAUCUUGCGAGGAUGAAGUUCUACGUAGAACAAGGGAGUUCAACAAAUUGACCAGGGAGCAUCCCCAUGACGAAAAAGCAUGGGUAGACUUUGCAGAGUUCCAGGACAAGGUUGCAAGUAUGCAACGACAGAAAGGUGUUCGCUUACAGACUCUUGAAAAGAAAAUUAGCAUACUUGAGAAGGCAACUGAGCUUAAUCCUGAUAAAGAACAAAUCUUGCUUUGUCUAAUGAGGGCUUAUCAGAAAAGGGAUAACACUGAUGUGCUAAUUGGGAGAUGGGAAAACGUGCUUAUGCAGCAUUCGGGGAGUUAUGUGUUGUGGAGAGAAUUCUUGCAUGUUGUUCAAGGGGAGUUCUCCAGAUUUAAAGUUUCAGAUAUGAGAAAAAUGUAUGCACAUGCGAUUCAAGCUCUGUCUGCUGCCUGCAAUAAGCAGUUUAGACAGAUUCAUCAAACUAGUAAACCCACUGAUAGUGCUAUGGUCCAUCUAGAGCUUGGUCUGGUUGAUAUUUUUCUCUCUCUUUGUAGGCUUGAGUGGCAGGCUGGUCACCAGGAAUUGGCCACUGCUUUAUUUCAAGCUGAAAUUGAAUUUAGUUUGUUUUGUCCUUCUCUAUCGUUGAAUGAGCAUAGUAAACAGAGACUGUUUAAGCACUUCUGGGAUAGUGAUGGUGCAAGAGUUGGAGAAGAAGGGGCUCUUGGUUGGUCUGUAUGGUUGGAAAAGGAAGAAGAAAAUAGACAGAGAGUUAUGAAAGAAGAGAGUUCAGAUAAGAGUGAUGAGGGUGGUUGGACUGGUUGGUCAGAACCAUUAUCCAAAUGUAAGGAAUCUAGCACAAGUCUUGAAAAUGUUGCCCAUGAUGAUGCAGCAGUUGAGGAUUUCCAUGAGAAAAUCGAGAAUGAAGAUAUUAAGCAAGAAGAUGAUACAGAAUCAUUGCUAAAACAGCUAGGAAUUGAUGUUGAUGCCGGGGUUGAUGGCGAGGUUAAAGACACUUUGACAUGGGCUAGGUGGUCAGAAGAAGAGUCCUCAAGAGACUCUGCUCAAUGGAUGCCUGUUCGUGCAAAAUCUGGUGCAGUCACUAAUUUUUAUGAGGAACCUAAUGAAGAAGUGGAUGAGCAAUUUAUGAGAGAGAUAUUAUAUGAAGAUGUAUGCGAAUACUUGUUCUCAUUGAGCUCUACUGAGGCUCGCUUAUCUCUAGUAUUCCAGUUCAUUGACUUUUAUGGUGGGAAAAUAUCCUCUUGGGUUUGUACCAACAGUUCCAGUUGGACCGAGAAAAUUCUUAGCCUGGAUGAGUUACCAGAUUGUAUUUGGCAAAAUAUGAGAAGACUGCAGGAUGAGUUAAACAAAUCACAGAGUAUGUCUGGUGAAUUCAGUUUUGAAUCCCUUUUGGAUGGUGCCAGAGGCAUCCCUCAGAGGACUGAAAUGAUGAAAUUUCUUCGUAAUGCUGCGUUACUUUGUUUAACUGCUUUCCCCCGUAACCAUAUAUUGGAAGAAGCUGCUCUCUUGGCGGAAGAGCUCUUUGUGACAAGAAUGAACUCUUCUAGCUGUUCAGGUGCUCCGUGUCAAUCUUUGGCGAAGCGCCUUCUAAAACAUGAUCGGCAGGAUCUCUUGCUUUGUGGAAUUUAUGCACGUAGAGAGGCGUUUUAUGGGAAUAUGGAUAAUGCCAGAAGAGUGUUUGACAUGGCAUUGCUGUCACUUGCUGGGGUUUCAUUGGAUCUACAGUCUAAUCCUUCUCUUCUAUAUUUAUGGUAUGCUGAGGCUGAGCUUGGAAACAGUAAUGGGAGUAAAUCAGAUUCAUUGUCACGUGCAAUGCAUAUUCUCUCUUGCCUAGGAAGUAGUGCGACAUAUGGUCCAUUCAAGUCUCAUCUAUCAAGCUUGCAACUACUGAGAGCACGGCAAGGGUUUAAAGAAAAAAUAAACUCAUUAAGAUCAAAAUGGGUGCGAGGUUUCAUUGAUGAUCAGUCAGUUGCCCUAGUUUGUGCGGCGGCUUUGUUUGAAGACUUGGCUGCUGGAUGGGCUGCUGGUAUUGAAAUUAUAGAUAAUGUUUUUACAAUGGUGCUUCCAGAAAGAAGAAGCCAAAGUCACCAUCUAGAAUAUCUAUUAAACUAUUAUGUUAGGAUACUUCAAAGACAUCGCGAGCAAUUUACUUUGUCCAAAGCUUGGGAUGCUGUCACACGCGGACUGCAAAUAUAUCCAUCUAGCCCAGAGCUCUUUAAAGCUUUGGUGGAGAUCAGCUGUCUUUACACAACUCCUAAUAAAUUACGGUGGAUGUUUGAUGAGCACUGUCACAAGAAACCAUCAGUAGUUGUUUGGCUUUUUGCUUUAAUAUUUGAGAUAAGUCGGAGUGGCUCGCCGCAUAGGAUCCAUGGAUUGUUUGAGAGGGCACUAGCUAUCGAUAAAUUUCAUAAUUCAGUUAUACUCUGGCGAUUGUAUGUCGCAUAUGAGAUUAACGUUGUUCACAAUCCAUCUGCAGCGAGGCGAAUAUUUUUUCGUGCUAUUCAUGCCUGUCCAUGGUCAAAAAAGCUUUGGCUUGAUGGUUUUCUCAAAUUGAACUCCAUCUUAACCGCAAAAGAGCUGUCAGAUCUUCAAGAAGUAAUGAGGGAAAAGGAGUUGAAUUUAAGGACAGAUAUUUAUGAAAUUCUUUUACAAGAUGAGAUACUGUCAUGAUGCCUGCUUGCACGCCAUCCCAGGUUAUAUAUUAUCUGUAACUCUGAAAAUAUUAUGUUGUACGUAUGUAGAUAUAAAAACUCUUUGAAUUAUUAUGUAUGGCUAGAAUGGAUUCAUGGAAUGUCGGUCUUUGUAUUUUAGGGGUGCCCAAGUGCCGCAUUCUGUGGUCACUUAUGAUUUGGUUUCUUAAAUCAUAACUAUUUCUUGAGUUUUAUUAGUAAAUAGCUGACAUUCUUGAUGAUUAAA